AUGUCUAAGAGAGAGCUCGAAAUGUUGUCCUCAAGCGUUGACGUCAACGCUCCCCGAGCCAAACGACGCAAGGAUGCCACGACCAGUCGGGAAGGCAAGCGAGAUGUUCAAAUGGCGGACGUUGUAGCGGCGAAGGCAGAAGGAAAUGAGGAGACUCCAGAGGCAGAUACCGGGAACAGAGAUGCUGUGAGAGAGCAAGGAUUACAGCUUUGGCAAGUGUUGAAGGACGCAGCGGACAAAGAGGGACGGUCAUUGUCCAACGACUUCCUCUCCCUUCCUUCCAAACGGUUAUAUUCCGAUUAUUACAGUAUUAUCAAGAAGCCUCUUGCUCUGGACCAGAUCCGGCUGCAAAUCAAAUCUGGACAGUAUAAGUCGCUUGCUAGUAUUAGGCUUGAUUUUGAGCAAUGCUUUCGCAACGCCAAACGUUAUAACUUGAAGGAGAGUCAGAUCUGGAAAGAUGCGAAGGCAUUACAUAAAUUGACACUCAAAGAAUAUGGCAAUAUGACUGGCGACCUCAUGAAGAUUGGGGAUGACCAUGACGAUGAAGGUGUAGAGGAAGGUGCUGUGCAAGGAGGUUCGGGCGAUGAGGGCGGUCAUAAGAAGAAGAAACCACCCAACAUGAAUCGCUUACUCACCACCAGACUCGAGAAGUUGGUUGCCAAAACAGAUGCAGCGGGAAAUAUCUUGUCUUCUGAGUUCAUGGAACUUCCCCAGAAGAAGUUGUGGCCGAUUUACUACAAGACGAUUGCCCGACCAAUGAGUUUCGAGAAGAUAUUUAAACACCUCAAAAGAAAAGAGUAUCAUACACCUGCCGAAUUCGCUGCAGAUGUUGAGCUUGUCUUCUCUAACGCACUCCAGUUCAAUGAGGAUCACACACCUGUAUGGGAGGCUGCGCAGGCGCUCCGAAAACACUUUCACAAACUGAUGUCUGAUCUUCCCGCGCCUUUCUCUUUGUCUCAGUACACCGCUACAAAAGAGUCUACUGGCCCAUCAAAUAAGAUCAAGCUCAAGGUACCGCCAGUAAACCAUGCGUCAACGUCAAUAGCACCCCAGGCCCCCAAGCCAAGUGAGGCCCCCAAACCAAGUGUUGCCCCUUCUCCCGCGGCUGGUUCAUCUAGUCCUCUAGUUCUGAAGGUCCCGCUCGGAAAUGCAGCGCAUGCAUCAACAGCCAUGCCCACUCCGGCCAGUGUUACUCCUUCUGUCACUGCCCAGUCGAGUCCCUAUGCACCCGCGCCCUCAGCGCCUUCUCCUGUCCCUCCACCAGUAACAACCGCUGGCCAAUCUACGCUACCCUUGCCUCAAUCUCAGUUUCCUGUUCAAACACAGGCCAGUGCGUUGUCUAACUACACACACUAUCCACAGAUGGCAUUCCAAGCCCCUUCUGUCCCCUCUGCCCCUACACCUUCGGUAGUACCCCACUCCUCAAUCACCCCACAUUCCAUGUCGAAUUCUCCUGCCCCUCCUGGACCUAUACAUCCCCUGAAGUCAGUCCUACUGACCAUCAAGCCCGUAGGCAGACGCUUGGAGUUGGAUUGUCGUGAUGGGGUGAAGAGCUGGGCUUUGCGUCUAGUCCCAGGUGAAAUGGGAGUGAAGAUUACGGACGCCAGCUACCUUGGGGACGAAGAAGAGGAGAGCAGCAGUGACGAACAGGAAGAGGAGGAAGAAAUCGAUGGCAGUCAGAGUGGAAUAGCGGGCAAGGGCAAGGGCAAGGGCAAAGUCAAGCAGGGUCGCGUACGACAAGUGGGCGCUGUACGGAUCAAAGACGGCGUCAAACUUCCCCCGAAACGCGUGCCGCCCCAACUGCAAGUCAAACUGGAUGCUUCAGUCAUCAGGGCGACUGAGACCAACGAGGACGAGUGGGAUGUCGAGCUUGGUGUGGGUUCCCAUCUGUUGGAAAUGGGCGAGAAGGGUGGGGCGGUGUGGAAGGUGCAUAUCGAGCGAAUGGCAGGUUGACUUAUGAUCUUUGUCGGCUUCUUUUCUUGGGCUUGCUGAUGCACUUCUCACUAUUUUAUAUGUAUAGCCAAUUAUAAUCAGUUUCUAGUCCAUGCCAAGUGAAUCGCUACGUAUAACCAGACAAAAAGCAAUAAAGAGCAUUGAUUAACU